AUGGACGCUCGCGUCGUCGGCCAAACCAAGGUGAAGCAGGCAAUGCUGAUGGGCAUUGCCGCGUCUGAACACGUCUACGUCGAGGGUCCGCCUGGCGUCGCCAAGACGUUCCUCGCCGAGAUCAUGGCGCAGUCGUGCGGCCUCUCCUUCCACGCCAUCCAAUUCCACCGCGACACACGCCUCUGCGAGCUCGUUGGCGAGCCCGUGAUUCGGCGCGAGGCGUUGGGAGAGGGCGCAGGCGAGGUUGUGCGGCAGGCGACGCUCCCGGGUGCGCUGCUGACCUGCGAGGUCGCCGUUCUGGAUGACAUCUCUCGCGCACCGGGCGAGGCGCUCAAUGCGCUGCUGCGGCUGCUCAACGAGCGCGAGUACGAGGGCACGCCCAUGCCGCUCCGCUCUGCGAUUGCGACGGCCAACCCGGCGUCCGAGGACUACUACGUGGAGAAGCUCGACCCGGCCGCCCUCGACCGCUUCACACUGCAGGUGGAGGCGCGCGGCCUGCUGCAGGAGGCGGACUGGGCCUCGUGCGCCGACGUGCUGCGGCGGCACGCUCUGCACCCACCUCCCGGCGCAGCGGACGGCCUCUCCCCGCACGACCCGUGGCUCGAAGGAGGGAUGCAGGUGUGCGACGGCGACGAGUCGCUCACCCUCGACGGAGUGACGCUGGGCGAGGAGCUCGCCGCGUCGCUACUGCUCGCGUCGCUCGACGACCUCCGCGUCCUCUCGCUCCUCACAACCUUCCGCUUGCCGCCGGAGCUGCAUGCGCAGGCGAGGCAAGGGGUGGAGCAGGGGCUGGGUUCGCACGACUCGGAGGGCGCCUACCCGGUGCUCGCGGCGCGGCUGGAGGAGCUGACUCGCUGGUGGGGGGCGGUGCGGUGGGAGGGGCCCCUCUCCUUCAACCUGUCGCCCGAGGCGGUGCACGGCGCUGACCGUCUCGUGGCGCUAAUGCGAUGGGUGGCUACGCCGUCGCCGCAGCUGCCGGGCGCAGUCGAGCGGUGCGCGCGCCGCCGCUCGGGCGCGCUCGUGCUGCUGCGCGACACCAGCGACUCGAUGUGGGGCGCCAACGCAAAGUGGGCCUCUUCGGUUGCCCUCUCUGCCCUCGGACUCGCGCGGCGCCGCUCUCUGCCCUUCGUCUACGGCGAGUUUGCCGACCGCUGCCGGUUGCUCGACCACUCCGCGGCGGCACUCGAUGCGGCGCUCGGCGCGGUGAACACAUUCUCAGCUGGCCGGCGGCGUGAGGCGCGCGCCUUUUCACACGGCUGCGGCGGCGAGCAGGGCGACCUCCAGUGCUCGCGGCAGGUCGCGUCGGCGCUAAGGCUCGGUGUAAGCAUCCACACUUGCUACAUCAGCGACGGCUGCGACGAGGAGGCGGGGCUGGUCACCGCUGUAAGCGUCAAGCGCGUCGCGGUCUGA